AUGGAAUUUUUAUUUCCAUAUAUGCAUAAUUUAGGCAGUCUUUAUGAAUAUUUGAAAUCUAAUACCAACACGACCUGGGAAACAAAGAUAAAUGCAUUACAUGAUAUUAGCACAGGGCUCGAUCAUCUACAUGAUAGUAACUUAAUUCAUCAAGAUCUUCAUCCAGGAAAUCUUUUAUUCAGUAGUAAUGCUGAAUGGUAUUAUGACAUUAGAAGAAAUAGAAAGUCUAAGUUUAACGCACAAAUUGAACAAGUUGAAAAAAAAUCCGAAGAUUCGUCUAUAUACGAUGAAUUUCAUUAUGAAUCACAUCCUAAUGCAAUAUAUAGUAGUAGAAUUCUCAAUUUUACUAAUCUUUCACCACCUGUAAAUGAUUCAAAUUUCGACGAACAGCUUGAAAAACUAAUAGAAGCGAAUUCGUUAUCCAAUUCUAAUUCCAAGAUCUGA